CAUAUUCACGUACCCGGAAGUACUCCAGGUGGCAGUGCAGUGAGUGUAGCCUGCCGUAGUUCUUUGCCUGUCAAAAAGAAACAUUCUGAUAUUAUGUUGACAUUUUGUUUGGACGUCUUUAACUAGAACCACAGGGUCGGAGUCAAAUAACGAAACGAAUUGUUCAUCAUCCAGCGUUUCAUCCAACAUCUGAACUCCAAUGUCUUCUGGGUGUCCACCCCAGUCACCUGCUGUGGCAAAGUCUGAAAUAGCAAUCGAUGGAGAAUGCCCACUGCUGGCUGCCACCUUUGCCUACUGGGACAAUAUCCUAGGGCCACGUGUGCAUCAUAUUUGGGCAUCAAAGGGUGAUCAGGGGAUGUUUCUUAGUGAUGGCGAUGUAACUUUCUUGGCCAAUCACACACUCAAUGGAGAGAUUCUGCGUAGUGCAGAGUGUGGAGCAGUGGAUGUCAAGUUUUUUGUCUUAGCAGAGAAGGGUGUCAUCAUUGUGUCACUCAUCUUCGAUGGUGUACUAAAGGGGGACAAGAACACCUGUGCCUUGUCUAUUAUUUUGCCACAGACCGAACUGGCCUUUUACUUACCUUUGCACACCAUCUGCGUAGAAAGGCUAAAGCAUGCUAUUCGCAGGGGGCGCAUUUGGAUGCAGAAGGGCUACAACAUUGUUGCUGUGCUGAGCUUGGAGAUUGUCCCAAUUAUGGAGCUUCUUGCCUCCAUGAAGACACACAGCGUUCCUGAAGACAUUGACAUAAAAGACACCGUGCUAAAUGAUGAUGACAUUGGGGACAGCUGCCAUGAGGAUUUCCUCCACAAGUCCAUCAGCUCACAUUUCCAGACUUGUGGAUGUUCAAUAGUGGUUGGAAGCAACCCAGAGAAAGUAAACAAGAUCGUGCGGACGCUCUGCCUUUUCCUUACUGCUGCUGAGAAGAAAUGCUCUCGCCUUUGCAAGGUGGACUCAUCCUUCAAAUAUGACACAGGCCUGUUUGUUCAAGGUCUGCUAAAGGACUCAACUGGUAGCUUUGUACUACCCUUCCGCCAAGUGCUCUACUCCCCUUACCCGACCACACACAUCGAUGUUGACAUAAACACUGUCAAGCAAAUGCCGCCCUGUCACGAGCAUACGUACAACCAGCGCCGCUAUAUGCGCUCUGAGCUUAAUACUCUUUGGAAGACUGACAGUGAAGAGGACAUACCUCCGGACACAGUCAUACCCACCGAUGGCACUUUUACUCCUGACUUGAAUAUAUUUCAAGAUGUCAUGCAUAGAGAUACUCUGGUCAAGUCAUUUAUAGAUGAGGUGUUCAUGUUAAAGCCCAGCAUGUCCUUGCGGAGUACCUAUCUGGCUCAGUUCCUGCUGCUGCUCCACAGGAAGGCCCUCACACUGCUGAAAUACAUUGAGGAUGAAACUCAAAAGGGGAAGAAGCCUUUCCAGACCUUGCGUAAUUUAAAGAAUGACCUGAAUCUGACGGUGGAAGGAGACCUGAACAUUGUUAUGGCCUUUGCUGAAAAGCUGAGGGCAGGGUUGCACUCAUUUGUGUUUGGAAAGUCAUUCUAUACUAGCAUGCAAGAGCGAGACAUCCUUAUGAACUUCUGAUUAUGUUCUUCACCUGCUCUCCAGCUCCAUCAGGCUUGUCCACAAUGGCCAGCACCUCAGCAUAUUUAAAAAAACCCAAAAACAAUCAUUACUAGAAGUUAUUUAAAAUUGUUUUGUAGUGUGUAACAUACACAAAGCUAAGAUAUUGUUUUACCUGCAUUAUAUUAGAGAAUGUAUGUACAGAUUGCACCAAAGUGGCCCCCAUCCUUCAAUUGUUAGACAUGUUUUACUAUAUUUUUAUUGUUACAGGAGUACAUCAAUAUGUGUUUUUCAUUCCCAUGAUUACUGUUUUUCCUUCUUUUGUGUCUACUGCUUCACAAGGUAUCAUUUCAAGUAUUUACUGUUUCAAUGAGCCAAUCAAACAAAGUUUAUUACAGUUCACUUAUCUGCUGUUUUGUCAUUUCAGUGUUAUGAGAAGACUUGAGAUAUGUUAUGUGCCUGGAUGAUUUAUCACAAGUGCGCUUCAAUGAACAAGAAUAAUUUAUAUGAUUUUUAGUAGUUCCAUUAAGAUAAAGAGACCAGGCCAAUAACUUUUUUGCGGUUCUUUUUUUUAAAUUAAUGUGUGAACCAGUAGUUUUUUACUUUUUACUACAAAACUACUGAAAUAAAUCAGCUUUAAAAAAUAUAAUUGAUUCAGAUCCACCUGCUUGUCAUUGAAAUUGUCUCUGGAACUCACCAGGAUGUGGCAUUUGAUAUAAAUGUCAAAGUAUUUACUCUUCCUUUGUUGUUUGAUUGUUUUUGUGGACUGUGAAGCAAAACCCUGAUAAAUGGAAUGCUGUUUUGAAAUUGAGUAAUUGCCGUCUGCUAAUUAGAAGAUGAAAAGUCAAUUGACAAUAAUAUACUUGAAUUAUCCUCAAGUAUGUGUAUUGCACCAAAUGUUGAAGGCAAUAAAUGUGAAAGAAACUUGUAACAAGGA